UUUGACAUAACUUUUGCGUGCUUGCUACUAUUUUUUGUUUGUUUAGAAUUUAAAAAUGUGAUUGUAAUUUGUACUAAAAAAAGGGUUUUAGUGAAGUUAUCGUGCCUAAUGCUGUGUAUUACUUAAAUUUUAGAUUUAUCAAAAUGGCUAUACCACCUUUUCCGCCGCACGAUUUGGCUAAGCUCGUUCUUGGGUACCUUGCCGAGGAGCAUUUAAUGACGGCUUAUGAUGAAUUUCUCCAAGCAAGCCCAUAUUUAGAUGUGUUUAGAAACGAAUAUGACAGGAUCUUUAUGACCUCACUCAAAAGCAUUUUAGCUGAAUAUAGGGCUGUCAAAAUUUAUGUUGAAACCUGUAAGCCGUUCUUGUUGCGUAAAAAGAUAUUCCAGUGCUCAAACAUGUUGGAGGUGGUAAAGUUUCUUAUAAAUCAUAUUGACCUUAACAGACUCCAUUCACAGGAAUCUAGUAUCGACAGAUCCAGCUCUAAUAAACAUACUUCAUACACCAAAAUCAAUGGAUGUGAAGUGUGUAAUUCUCUCAACCUCAGCACUUGUGAGUGUAGAGCCAGAGUUAAACCUGGAUCCAUAGCUCCACCUACUAGCCAAAUAGAGGUGAGCAGUCCAGAAACCUCUAUCGAAGCUACCUCCUUAGCUGAUUUACCUGGAAACUCUGUUACAAAAAGAAAUACCAACAGGGAGUUGGCCACCGAGAUCGCAAACUCGCCGCAAAGUAGUUUGGUUCAACCAAUUUUGCAAAAAAGCUCAACUCAACAAAUACUGCAAAGUGUUCAACACCCAAUUUCCCAAGGAAGCACAGUUGAACAAAUAUCACAAAGUCCUAUAGUUCAACAAGUAUAUAUGCCUUGUAAAAAUCUGCAUGUUCUGAAUAGCGACAGUGUAAAACCACAAGCAAUUUCUUCAGCAAAUUUACAAAACAAUGCUAAUCUACCAUUUAAUAGACAGGACAUUUCAACGGUCAAAUCCGAUGAAGCAAAGCAAAAGAUGGAAGAGUUCAAUACAAUAUUUAACCUUGUUUGUAGUAAUAACAGUUCUACAAAUACACCCAGAAGUCAUAAUUUUGCUACUGAAAAUUCUACAAACAAACCAAUAUGUAGCGCUGGUUCGUUUCAAGAGUUUGCUACUGGUGUAGUUGGAAGUGGCGAUAAGGAAAAACAAACUGUAUCUGAUAGCAGCACAUCUGAAAAUUUUAUAACACAGACAACCAAGGAAAACAGAAAAAAUGGUACUCCCAUUCCUUAUAACAAAGGACCAGUUGUCGCGCAAUACUUUGUGAGAACGGGGACACUAAACACACCGUUGUUCCAUGGAAACCAAAAUUUAUGCAACAUGCCAAAAAGCCACUCGUACGUGAGAAUCAAAGAAAAGCCCGAUGAUCAAAAAGUGCAAAUUCUCUCCGAUGUGAAAGUGGACACGUUCAAGGGUAAUAAUUCUGUGAGAAUGCCCCAAGUUCUGAGAUCUAACACGUCGAAUUCAAUGCUGCAAAUGCAAACGAUAUUUAUUAAUGGUAGCCCUGCGUACGCGUAUAAAAGACAAACGGGAGCGAGCGUCACUUAUACAAAGGACGAAAUUAUGGCAAUGCCUACGAUAAUUGUCGUACCUUCGUCAGGUACAACUCAAGGCUCACAGGCGACUUACAGUCAAAGUAAUGUUUCAAGCAGUACAAGCACUAUAACAUCAACCACUAACGCAACAACACGGGUCUUAGGUCCUUUAGUUAUAGAUGUUCCAAAUAGUCCAACUCCGAAAAAAAGUUCAACGUUGCCAGACUUAAAUCCUGAAGAUCCCGAUACAGAAGUUUCUGAAAAUCUUGUUAGAACUGUUGAUGUCACAGCUGCUUCUUUGCCAAAGGACAGCAAUAUCGCUGUUCCGAACAAAACCAGCACCCCUAAUGUUAUACCACCGGCGAGAAAAUCCUCUUCAACGCCGCGGCGAAACUCUCACGUCAGGGUUUUAGACUUUGCCACACCUCGAAGGAUAUUGCACGAAACUAUAAAUGAAAAUGACCCAAAUCAGCAAUCCACCGAAAGUAGUGCUAAUGGCACCGAGGUUAUACCCAGUGGUCCCACUGAAUUACCGGUACAUACAAAUAUUGUAACAGAUGAUAAAUAUGACGCUGCCGAAACCAAUAACAAAAGUAAGAAUACAUCAUGUAAAGAAAAUAAAUCGAAAAUAGUGAAAAAAAGUAACUGGGAUGCAGAACUUCGUGCGCUUGUGCUAGGAAAAGAAUUCUCUGAUGAAGCAGUGGUAACUCCGAAGCCAAAGCUUAAAAGAAAGAAAAAAAAGAAAAAAAUAUCCCCGGUUACUGAGCUUGUUCCCGAAACUCCAGAAGCGGAUAGUACGAAAACAACAUAUUCGACGUCACACACAACUUCGAAAUCAAACGAAAGUAUAAAGUCGUUUGAAAAUGUUGAGCCUCCCAUGAAAGAAGUAACACCUAAAAAUACUGCAACAGAAACUAUAACUAGCACUGAAUGUGACGGGAGUGCCAAUGUUUUAAACGCAACAGAAAAGAAUCAAAUGAAAGGGAAUACAAGUGAAGACCGUGUGGAUACUCCUGAAGCAGAAAGGCUCUCGCUACAAAAUGUUAUUGGCGCUAAACUUAAUAUAUCCGACUUAUUAGAAACUCCAUAUAAACAAGCUUUGUAUGACAUCCAGAUGGAAACUCCCAAAUUUUUAGGUCCCGACUUGCCUGACGAACCCAUUUCAGAUAUAAAAAUUAUGAGUAUACCCACACCACGAUUUCUGAAUACUCCUAAGCCAUUGCAAGCUACACCCUCGUCAUACGCAUCGCGUCCCACUGAUUAUUCUAGUGGGAGUUCUUACUAUAAACCAGAUGAUCAUGAUUUCAUACCGUCUGAUGUCUUACAAUGUGCAGGAAAUAUAACCGAAGACUCUAUAAAGCCUACAAACAAUGAGACAGAUUUAGUGAAGCUUAAGGAAAAAGAUAAAUCUGAAAAACCUUGUCGACCUCAAAGAAAGUGUACCAAAAACGUGUCAUACAAAAGUCCUAAUGUUUUUAAAAGUAAAGAUGAUGAUUCUUUCGAAGUGACUUCGGUGUCUAGUGAAACCAGUAACAAGAGUACGAAAGAUAAACUUGAAAACAAAUCAAUAGAUUCUAAAACUCGCAUGAAAUCUAAAACUAAAUCAGCUAGUAAGAAAAAGGUUGUAUAUAAAUCUCCACUAAAACCUAAACAUUUUAUGAAGAUAAAACCCCGGAGGUCUACACCCAUUAAGGAAUCAUCUAGCAAGGGUAGGAAAAAAACAUUAGAUGUAGCAGAUAAGGGCUCUUCAAUUCCUAGAAAGAGGACUACAAGUAAGGACAAAAAUACGAGUAUCACACCUUUCGCAGCAGCGGCACCAACAAAAUCUCGUAGGAAGUCAUCUACACCUAGAAAGCUGCUUAACUGUAUAAAACCAUUUAAUCCGGAGACGGUUGUACAAAAUGUAUGUAGUUUGCCAAAUGGCCAGGAAGAUGUAGUUAAGGAAACCAUUGCAUGCCAACUACAAGAUUCCGAUACCGAGCAAUUAGCUCUUCGUUGGUCGGAUGAUGGCUCCCAGGACGCUAAACCCAAAGAAAAUGAGGAACAACCUACUUCGAGUUCUUUACCCGAAGACGACGAAAUUACUAAGAUACAGGAAUAUAUUGAGACAUCUGCACCACCAACACUUGCACCUGAGCAAAAUUGUGAAGGUAGCUUGCAGAUUGACCUAAUAAAGAGAGGUUUUGAUGUCGAAACUGCUAAAAGCAUUGAACGGGACUUACUUGAUACCACACCUAUCCAAGAUACAGCAAUACAAUCUACAAGCAACGAAGAAAUAAGCGUAAACAAAAACGAAGUUUGUCUAAUCGUAAGCGACAGAAUGGAGUCAGCUUCUAGCACUGCAAACAAUUUACCAUUAGUUCAUGAGGAGGAUGAAGUAGAAGAAAUUGAACUAACAGUUAAUCACUGCCACGAAGAUAGUGAGAAUUUUGUUUUGUGCCAAUUUGAUGAAUCAACAUUUGUUCCUACUGAUCAAAUAUCAAAGUUGAAAGAUAAAUUUUCUGUGGAACUGUGUGUUGACGAUGACCUUACGAUAAGAUUAAGAGCGAAUGCCUAUACUAGUUUGUUUGACAUGGAGCCUGAAGAACCACUAGUUCAAUACGAUAAUACGGAAACUGAAGACGCGGUCAGUUCAAUAUCGAACAUCGAUAAGUUGUACACUCCUUUGAAAGACACUAGAGCGCAAUGUUACGAAAUAUUUGAUUCGACACUUACCAGUAUAGACACACCGCUUAAAUCAGAUGUAACAGAAUAUGAAACCAAGGUUACUGAAAUUGUAUUAGAAGUUGAAAGAAUAAAAGAAGAUGUCAAAGAAAAGGCAGAAACUAAAAAGAGAAAGAGAUUGCAGAGCGGAACCUUGGAAGAGUCAUUGAUUAAAAAGUCUAAACCUGAUACCCAGUACUUACUUAAUUCUGCAAAUAUACAAAACAUUGAUAUCGAAUCGGUAUUGAGUAAGUUGCAUGGGCCGUAACACAGCCGUAACACACGGAAUGUGUUUUAUUUAUUAUUAUUUUACCGAUUACUUACGCCCAGUAUCUGAAAAUCGUGUUGAUCGUUAUUGAAUAGGCUUGUACGCCGAUCAUUUGCAGGUUGCUAGUGAUCUUCAAUUUAGUGCCGAGAAUACGUUUUCAACCAGGUUAGACACAAAACGGCUCUAAAAAAUGUACUGUACCAUUCUGGAGAUAAACAUUUAAUUAACGGUCAACUAAAAUGGCUGACCGUGAAUUAAAUGUUUUCAGAAAUUGAGCGUUCAUUGUCAACGUUACUUUUUUAAUAGAGAUUAAUUUUAUGUUGACCAUAAAUAUCGAUAUCUGUAAAUAAAAUGUCUAUUACUUUAAUAAGUACGCGAUAGCAUAAGUUCUUUUUGUUUUUAAACAUUGAAACGCCUUAUGUGUUAAGUAUGCACAUUUUGUAUUGUGUUCUAUAAACCAAACAAAUGACUGUAAAUAUAAGAUAUUAGAUAAGCCAUUAACUAUUCUUAGGACAGAGUCGUUUUUAAAGUGCUAGACACUAUCAAUAAGAAAAAAAGUGAUUCAAUAAAAACUAGUUUUUUUUUUUAA